AUGUUGAGUCACAUAUUUAAAAAACCGCAAGAAACCGAACCAAGAUCGAUUUUAUAUUUUCGACGUUCGGUUAUCGUCAUAUCAUUAUUAUUUCUGAUUGGCACCCUUGUAAUAUUGUGCUUUAGAGUGUUUGAUGAACAAUCUAAUAUUACUACUACUCUUGCACCAAUAAAUAAUCCAAUCGUACCAGGUUUUGGCCAAGAUUUUAACAUUUCAUGUUCAUUAUAUUAUGAUUACUAUGGAACAAAUUCAACCAGUUGCGAUGAAUAUAUUGUACAACCGAAAAAGAUUGGUUACGACAAUUAUCCAUAUGUUGGAUACUUUUCACCAAAGGGAAACAUCAAUUUGACCAAAUAUAAUGAUACAGUAGGACUACAUUUUGUUUAUCUUCAUAUAAACAUCAAGAAUUCCACUGCACCUGAUGAUUACACUCGAGAAUUUAGGAUGACUUUAUAUGAUGCAGGCAAGUUUUUUCAUAAAAUUGAUGUUUACAUUUUGCUGAAUAAAGAUUUUAAUACUUCGGUUACUCCAUUUGAAGAGUCGCUUUUCUAUAUGAAUAAACAUACUUUAACAGGACAUUCUAAAUAUAAGCUAGGUUACUCUAGAAGAAUCAGAGAGGCGUUGAUUCCAACAUUUUGGACUUAUUUUGGCACCCCAAUUCAAUACUACAAUACAGUACAGUACAUCGAAACAACAAUGCAGGAUAUCCCGGUGAACCCUUCAAGCACAGAUUAUGCAAUCAUACGUAUUAGUCCGCAAAGCUUUAUUAUAGCAGAGGAACAAGAACAAAGUUUAAUAGUUUUAUAUAAUAGGAGCAAUACCAUUAUAAGCACAAUAGGAACUAUAGCCGCAUUUCAUAGUGCUGCGGUGUUUAUCUAUGUGUUUUUAUUUGGAGUUGACUCCAUAAAGCCAUGGGGUUUUGCACAUAGUGGAUGCUGCGGAUUCAAAAGGAAAGCCAAAGAAGGCCUCCUACCAAUUGUGGAGCCUCGCGCACAAAAGAGUUCUGAAAAACUUUUAGGAAGAAUUGAAGAAUUGGAAAGUUUUAAAAUAAUUCUUGAAAAAUAUGUUGUUAACACUUCAUUAUUAGAAACCAUUAAAGAGGAGCAACGAAAGCGUCAAGAACGGCAACAAGAAGAAUAUAGAUUUAAGUUAAAUAUACUGGUUAAAUGA